AGGAGGCAGGAUAGGGAAGGAAGGCAGCAUAUAGGGACCAGCAGGUGCUUGGAAAUAGGUCAUACUGGGACGGCCAAAAACCGAGUUGAGGAGGUGAAAAGUGUGUUUGUAAAUAAGUCAAGAAGACAGAAGCCAAGUUUUUUUUUUUAUAUUUCUUUCAGCCCUUUUUUCUGAGCACUCACUUUUUUUCCGAGCCUUCUGUUCCUCUGGAGUCCUCUUCCUCAGGCCAUCCUUUCCAUACCUAUCCUCGGACUGCUGACAUACACAUCCACUGCCACCAUGGAAACUGGGAGCCCCAGGAAGAUACAGUUCACCGUCCCGCUACUGGACACCCACUUGGACCCUGAAGCAGCUGAACAGAUUAGAAGACGUAGACCAACACCUGCAACUCUAGUGGCAUCCAGUGAUCAGUCAUCGCCAGAAAUCGACGAAGACCGUCUGCCUAACCAGUUGUACAAGGCAGCUUUGUUGAACUCUCCUCGGCAGCGACGGAAAGGGCAAAAGGGAACGCCCACGAUGAAAGAGCUGCAGUUCUUGGUAGAACACCACCUGUACAGGCAGCAGCACGGAGGAGGCGACGAGUGCUCCUCCGAGAGUUGUCUGUCGGACCGGCCCAGCCCCGACUCCAUUCCUGUCGGGGAGGAGCUCCCGUGCGACGAUGAGGCCACUGCCGAGGCCUUUGAGAAGCUGCGCUGCCAAAUGGAAGAGUUCUCAAGGGAGAGUCUGUCAGAGGCGUCCGGCAGCGGCGGAUUAGAGCGCCCUCUUCCUAAGGAGGAUGAAAAAUGCUCUAGGGUUGCUCCAUCAGAUCCUUCAGUGCAGCUAAACAAUGCACAAACAGACACAAAAGUGGCGACAUGCACCGCCAGUCAGCCCGCCGACGAGAAGACAAAGAAACUCAGCCCGGAGACAGAAAAAUGAAUGCAAAGUUCAUUUUUUGUGCAUCACAAUGCUGCUCCUUCUACUCAGCCAGCGCGACACAAUGACAGAAGAUUGUGUGUGCAGACUCACUUCUUAGCCACAUCAGGACAGUCCUUAGAGCUUUAGUUACCAGCCACAAAACAUUCAUACCCCUUUUUUGUGCUUUUAAAACAAUCACAAUGGCAUCAUUGCUAAGUUUAUUUUCUAUUAUCCUGAAAAGUCUUAAAACUGGUCGUGAUGUGCAAGCAAGUCAACCAGGUAAAACUCCCUCAACCAUAUUUUACAACAAUGUUAACAUUGGUUUUAUUUCAUGCAUUUAAUGAUAUACUACAGUAUACACGAUCAUCCCAUGUGCCAUGACGUCUGCAAUUGUUCAACUGAAGCAAUAACAUUGUUUUUGUACGCCAUACAUUACCAAGAAGCUCUCAUUUGAAUCCCCGUCACGAGUAGCAAUAUUAGAUGCGUUCACACUUGAGGUUUGGAAGUCUGGUCUGGACCAAACGUUAAAAAAGAUAAUUGGUGCACAGUUUGCAAUGGGCAGCUUUUGUGACAUACUACGUGACGUAACUUAAAUACGGCUGGGUUGAAUAUGUAACUCAUUCUAAUAUUUUGCAGUUUUCACCAGCUUAGAUUUGACAAAAAGCUUCCUGAAUAUACUUCUCAAGAGCCCUGCUGCACCACGGAUCACUUCAGGGUGCGGUCACACUUGUCAUGUUUGGUUCGAUUAAAAGAAACGCCGGUGCAUUUGCUCUGCUCGUACGGCUCGUUUGGCCAACCCUGGUGUGCACCAAACUGGUGCGGUUCGGUUCACUUGAGCUCAAAUGUGAAAGCUACGCAGACGAACGACAUGGCCAAGUGUUACAAUGACAGCAAAAAUCGUACGAAAAUGACAACUAUGUAAGACAAAAUGCUGUCUCGCUGCUUUGCUCUCUUCCUCUGUGUGUGACGACGGCGCUUUAAGUAUAUUUUAGAAGCUUUUUGUGAAAUUUAAGAUGGUAAAUACAGCAGAAUAUUUAGUAUGUCACGGAAGCAAUCGAGUCUUGAUGCGGAUGUUUUUUACUGCGCAGCCCUUUGUUCCCGUGACAAAAAUGACGAAAGCGUGAAGCACGAAAGUGCAGUGACGUCCAUUCAGGGGAAGCAUGUGAAACGGAGCCUCUGAUUCAUUUCCUGAUCAAAUACAGGGCAGAAACCUAAGAUGAGGCUGCCACGAGCGUCUCUUCUCGGCUUAGUGCGCAAGCCCUGCCUGCCCUCUGAGUGCACUCAGUGAGUUGGAUCAUGGCGCCCGCCACCAUGACUUUCUACAGCCUGUGUAAUAUCUUUAAUAUAAGUGCGACAUCAUUAUUCUUGCUAAUCGGACAAUAAAAUAUAUAGAAAUAUCAAAUGAUAGGCGCUUGAAGUAAUCGCUUCAUCAUGAAGGGGUUAGGACGUGCGUGAGCUGGUAGGUGCUUAUCACUGCCGUCCUUCCAUAGAAAGGAAAAGCCAACAUUUUUUUUGACAGCAGCAAGUCAAAUGCAAGAUAUUUGUAUGCUCUGCUGAACAAAUGAAUGAGUUUGACUCCCAAGAUGGAGGAUUAUAUUUACCCAAGCUCAUCAGGAGGUGGUCAAACUUUUACAACAAAGUAUCAGAGCUUUUCCUGGAGGGUGCAUGUACGUCAUACACAGAUAAUAAAGUAAGAAGACAAAUGUUUCUCAGUUAAUAAAAAAAAACAUUAAUAAAUGUGACUUUUUUUUAACCAAAGUGAUUUAUUCUUUUCUGUUAUUAUCUUCUUCAUGAGCAACCUGCAUUAACAUUGAAAAAAUCCAAAGGAGUCAGUGCCUCACCAGCCACGAACCUCACUGCACAUCACUGCUAAAGUGCACACCAAGUAUUUUUUUUUUUAAAUAGUUGGUUCCUGUAUGAACCCAUCUCUCAAGCAGUUUCUUUCAGCCUGUUUGAGGCACACCAGGGUUUGGAUGAUAGCAUUCACACUUGACCAAAUGAUCCGUACUAGCAGAGAAAUGGCAGCAGAGUUCCUUUUUAACCAAACAUGACAAGUGUGAACGCAGCCUAGAUUGUGUUAAACGUGCAUAUUCAACUCUCAAAUAUGAAAUAAUCAUUGCCAAUGAUGGUAAAGACCUAUGAGUUUCUUUAGAAUGUGCAGAAGAUGAUACAUUUACAUCAAUUCACUCAUGUUUGCUUGGCAUCAUCAAGGUUGAGUGCUUUGUUAAAAAAAUCUUCACAGGUCGUAUAAAGAACACCUUCUUGCAUGGUACUAUUCCACAUCUUUUUUUUUUUUUAUAGCGCAGCUUUACUGUGCUUUGUUUUGAGGCACUAACACAUUUUCAAUACUAGAGAUGUCAAGGCUCAUGCGUUGGAAGUACAGUGGAUCCCCGCACAUUCGUCAUUCGGCAUUCACGGCCCCGCAAAUGUAUGAAUUUUUCAUUAAAAUCAUUUCAUUAGGCCUUUUUUUCCACAGAAAACACAUCUCUUUCACCCCGAGUCGGUCAUCAUUUAUCAAUGUGUGAGAAAUGUACAGCAUACAUGUACCACUGUUUAAAAAAAAAAAACAGUUUUUUUUUAUGCUUCACUGAUUGUUUCUUCAUCGAGUGUUGAAAUUUUCGCACUUUGUUCGGCGGUCCUUGAACACACCAUAGUUGUGUCCUAUGACUGGCUACACAGUGAAUCUGAUUCUUUCUGUUGACUGCUCAUCUUACAUCCUAUACAUUUUAUACUUUAAAUGCAUUUAAUAAGUGUUGGGGAGGGGAGGGUUCUGGAGCAGUGUGGCAAAACUAGACUUUUUUUGGGGGCGUAUCAAUUUUCAGUUUUUUGCCAUUUGUUGGUGGUCCCGGAAAGUAGCCCCCAUUUGGUCUACUGUACUGUAAUCACAACAUUCUAAACUCUUUUAAGUGGCAUUAUUAUGUCGAUGAUGUGACAAUCCUUCCAUAACUCCUUCACACUGUACAUUCUACACGUUGAUCAGCAUCAGGAGUGAAAUGUACUUCACAGAUGCCAAAAAAUGAUCAUUUAUUCAACAAAAAAAACAAACCACAUGAGACAAUGAUGCAGUGAAACAAACGUGGUGCAUUUGCUGUGUUUUCUGCUUUGUAGUUUCUGUAUUGUUUGUUCUGUUUGAAGUAAUAAUAAUAACAGUUUUAACUCAAUCCAGGGGAUAGUAGUUCAAAGUUUACUUGAAUUGAUGAAUCCAAAAUGUGUUUCAUACAAUAAAAUGUUUAAAUUGGUCAUUGGCUGUGUUGUU